AUGGCAGCCAUAACAUCAGCGCGCCUCUUGAUAUCGCCAGCACCAGCAGCGAUAGCGUCUUCUCGCCUCAUCCCUGCCGCGAAAUGCGUGAAGCUGACUCCUUUCCUCGUGUCCCCGGCCACUCAGCGGCUCCUCCGCUCCGCCGCGCAGCACCUCUAUGCCAGGCAGGGCGCCAAACGCGGCGGUGCUCUCACCGCGCGAUGCGAUCUCACCGGCGGCGCCAGCCUGGGUCCCGAAGAGCUCGACGCGUUUGUAAACGCCGUCAAAUCUGUGAGCGACGCGGCUCCACACGACGUCAACUCGUUAAUGACCCUCGCUGUAGGACUCGGGUUACCAUGUAACGUCAUGGAAUGCGGCGACGCGAUUUACCUCUCGAGUCUCGCGCACGAGCACCACUUGACGGCGGCCGGCGCGGCGCUUCUGCUUCAAGUCGGCGCGUAUCUCUGGGCCACGCCGGGAGUCGCGGCGGGUUACUGGGACAUGUUCGUUCUCGCUAAGAUCGACCGUUUCUUUCGCAAAACGUACAAGCGAUCGGAUCUCAUUCUCGGGAAGAAGAUCGGCGAGGGUGGGUUCGGAUCGGUGUACGUCGGUACGCUCGCGAAGGAUCCGGAGUACAAGGUGAUCGUGAAGCGCGCCACGGAGUUUGGUGACGUGGAGCUCUGGAUGAACGAGCGCGUGCGCCGCGCGUGCCCGGACGUGUGCGCGGAGUUUCUGGGCGGAUUCAUGGUGAAGGGGGGUAAGGGGAAGACGGGCGCGGGGAACUUUUUGGCUUCCGCGGCUGCCAGCACGUCUGACGAGGUGUGGCUGGUGUGGCGAUACGAAGGCGACUCGACGUUCGCUGAUGUUCUAACGAACCGCGACUUCCCGUAUAAUAUCGAGAAGACGCUCUUCGGCAAUCAGGCGCCGCCGGCGGACGAGCCACGUGGCCCGGAGAGGGAGCUCCACGUGGCGCGCGAGAUCAUGCGGCGCCUUCUGACAUCCCUGGAGAAGCUGCACAGCCAGGGCAUCGUGCAUCGCGACGUGAAGCCCGAAAACAUGAUCUACUGCGAGGAGAAGGGCGCGCUCAAGAUCAUCGACCUGGGCGCCGCGGCGGAUCUGCGCGUGGGGAUUAACUACGACCCCGACCAGUACCUGCUGGACCCGCGCUACGCAGCACCGGAGGAGUACAUUAUGAGCACGCAGACACCAAGCGCGCCGCCAGCCCCUGUUGCUGCCGCCCUCGCACCCGUCCUCUGGCAGAUGAACCACCCUGACCGCUUUGACAUGUACAGCGCUGGGCUCGUCUUCCUACAAAUGCUCUUCCCCUCCCUCCGCUCCGACGCCAGUCUCGCCGCCUUCACCCGCCAAUUCAAAAAGCUCGACUACAACCUGUCCGCAUGGCGCGAAAAGUUUGAGCUCCGGGCCACAGCGGACGAUAUGCGGCGCCUUGAGCUACUGGAUGAGAAUGAUGGCCAUGGCUGGGGGUUGCUUGAGGCGAUGCUGAGGAAAGAAGGGAAGAGGAGGAUUAAUGCCAAGGCUGCGCUCGCGCAUCCGUUUUUCCACAUGCGGGAGGCGAGGAUGUUGAAGGAGAUUCGGAAUGGGCUGUUUGUGCCCGGGCCUGCGCAUUUUGAGGGGGAUGAGCCGCAGGCAUGGGUGACGGACCUGAUGGCUAGGUCCGGCACGCAAGAGGCUGGUGGGUUCACGGAAGUUUCGCUCCAGAUGUUCAAGAGAAACGAGCGGCGGCAGCAGAGGAAGAACAGGAAGCGCACUGACCCGUCCCCGGCACUGGCCACCACAGAGGGCUCUGCCAGCACAGGGCAGCGCGACAACUCGUGGUGGAACGUGCUCGAACCACCCAGGUGA